ACAGGUUGAGAUUUUACAUACAAAACAUAUGAUGAAAAAUAUGAGGCACUGUUGGUAGUUCAUAGUUAGCUCCACGUCAACAAACUACAACAGUAAAAUGCUAUUUACACGUUAAUGGAUCAAUAAUUCUAAUCUAAUAAUAUAGCCUACAUUUUUUAACACUCACAGGGACUAUUUUCCUGCACUAGGAGAACUUUUGAUACUAUAAGUGCAUUUUGCUAAUAAUACUUACAUACUUUUACUUAAGUGACAUUUUCAAUGCAUGACAUUUACUUGGAUUUAAGUAUUUCUGUAUUGCAGUAUUGCUGCUUUUGCUUAUGUAGAGGAUCUCAAUACUUCCUCCCCCACUGCAGAAUGAGGACUAGUUUAGUUUCGCAGGCUAUCCAAGCACAGUAUGAGGAUUUCUCACUCUCCCAUCUGUGGUGGUCACCCCUCCUACAUGUACAGGAUUCCCUACUGAAUCUUAACAUAAAUCAUGGGUCUCUGCAGCAAACAUUGCACUUAUCUGAGAGGGGGUUGUUGAUGAAAUAGUUUGGGUCACAAGUCUCUUGGGCAGGACAGUUGUGUCUGUGUGUUGCACUGGUAUAAGGACAUGCUAGGGAACUGAUAAAAUGUCUUCACGUAAUAAUGAUGUAAGAUUAUUCAUGAUUCUCAUCACUGCUCCCUCCAGAUUUCUCCACUCCUAUCUCCCAUACUACAGCAGACAGGUCGUUCUCGGCGGGGGGGCACCUGCUGUCCCGCUCCGCGCUGUAGUGGCUGUGAGAGCGGAUGAGAGCACAUGAUUAGAGCACAGCUGGGAAGAAAGGCAGACCUGUAACACCUGAAGGGACUUUAACAUUACAACAUCGCACGCACGGGAGACGCAACACGCGCAUUGCUUUCCAUCCCGGGAGAUCCAGAAAUUAUGCCCCGUCUGCCGGGCGGCGGCAGUACAACGUGCGGGACAACUGGCACCUUUUUGUCGGCAUGUCUGGUCUCUACUUGUCAAGCCCUCCGGAGCUGCGGGGAGGUCCAGUGCGGCGAUGGUCAGCAGUGCUGUCCGCCCAUCGUCACCGGGAACGGCAGUGCCAGCUCCACGGUGCGCUGCUGCAAGCUCCCCAUCCACAUAUUCUUCGACAACGUAGGCUGGUUUACGCGGAAGCUGUCGGGCAUCCUGAUCCUGUUACUGCUCUUUGCCAUGGGCUACUUCAUACAGCGGAUCAUUUGCCCGCGGCCCCGCAGGCAUCCGCACAAUGACCGCAGCGAGGAGCCCUCCCUCUUUCACGGGCACGCAUCGGCGUCCCAGGACUCUCUGCUGGACCGAUACCCCGAGUACAGCCUUGGGGACUUCGCCUCUCCAAACCUGCCAGCCUACGACGAGGUCAAAUAUUUGCCCACGUAUGAGGAAAGCAUGCAGGAGAUGCACAGAGACCGGUCCGAUGAUAACUUGCUAUCGGAAAACGAGAGGGGCGGUCAGGGCAGGGUGAGAGCGGCGGGACCGAGAGCUGGAGACCAGAGACGGGAUGUCCUGGAGGUGUCAGGACCGCAACACAGCCCAAGGACAUCUCGGAACUCUGUCUGACGGAGAACAGAGAUUGGGCAACGCUCAAGAGACAAAAAAGUAUUCUUAUUUUAAUAUAAUCAGGGUACUUAUCUUGCAGAGAUUAAACUCAAGUGCAGUUAUAAUCAUGAACGUUAAGAAUAAAGGUGGAGGCUGAGAAAAUGUACGUGUUUUGUAAGAUUACUCGCCUUUUGUAUGCAAAUGACCGCUUGGGUUAAGUAAAGGAGAUUAUAAAGUAGCCUAAGCGAAGGCGGCUGAAAUGGACGCUCUUUGUGAUGGGGACAGCUAAUUUGGCUCCGGUACAAUCGCAUUAAGUUUUACUUCAGCGCCUCAAUUUUAAGUGGCACCGUGAAACUGUUUUUUUUUUCUAUCAAAUUCUCGUCCUUAGUCUCAAUGCUAAAUAUUCUGCUGGACCUGAAAGACCUCCCUUUCUUUUAUUUAUUCUUUAUUGAAUUUGCAUACAAAAGGUGGAAUAUUUAGAUUUUUUCUCAGUAACCUGAAAGGGGAGUGUAGGGAGGAAUAUCAAUUUUAAAACUUUCUGAGGCACACAUUUUUAUCAGCCAGCUUUAGAGCCAGUUAAUGUAUAACUUAUCAGCAUGAAAGCAAUAUUCUCUCAAACUGACUCAAACACAUGCACAUAUACAAGCAUCACUGGGGGCUGACAGAUGAGCAUUUUAUCAGUGACCUGAGCCAUGUCUGAUAUGCCUACUGCAAAUAGCUGAAGCCACAGCAGAGAAGUGCAGUUUUUAAAAAUGCUCUAAUCCUGGGAACCUUGCUGCCGGAGGAUACGUGUAUCAGCGUCUCCCAGGUUUUGAAUUCAGGAAAAACAAUGGCAGAGAUUACAGCUGGCAUACUGAUAGGGUGUAAGAUGCCAAGAAACAAAGUUGUAUUUUGAUGAUAAGAUGUCAGACAAGACCACAACUGCUGCCCCAAGCAGAACUAACACUGUACAGCUCAGACCAAGCAAAGGAAAAGACAAAGGGACAUCUAACAGGAAACAAGGGUGAGGCAGAGACAGGAGGCAGUCAUUUCUUUGUUCUGGCAGAGUAGUCUGAAGAUGCAGACUGAUGAUACCUUCAGAGCUACUUCUAAGUGUGUAACUGUCCCCUGCUAAUUUGUAUUUCUGACUAAUAUGAGACAAAAAUUGUCUCUUUUUUUGCUGCUACAAACUGAAAAACAAGCUGACACUACACUCACCUCAUUACAUCAGGCUUAAUGGACUGUUUACCUGGAUUAAAGCUAUAGGUGUAUUUGCCAUGAACUGCCCAUUAAAAUGUCUCAUUAUGUUAUAGCA